AUGAGACGAAAGAAUCCACACCCAAAACGAGCGGUGAACGCGAGGACGGUUUUGAAGGUGGCGAGAGAAGAACCUUUGGUGUUGUGUUCGAAGAUUCCUGACGAGGAUGAUGAUUUCGAGGGAAAUCAUCAUCAGAUACAAAAAGAAGAAGAAGAAGAAGAAGACGAAGCAGACGAAGACGUAGAGCGAUUGCGAAGGAUUCUGAGCGUGCCGCGUGACGACAAUGUCGUGAUGGAGCAAAAUCAUCAGAUGCGAGAAGAGGAAACUGCUUUUAUUGCUAAAGGAGUGAAGAGAAAGAGAACGUACGAGUGCGAUGUUUGCGAGAAGGUUUUUGCAAAACCAUCCGAUUUGACCAGACACAUGCGUACACAUACGAAAGAGAAACCGUAUGAAUGCGAUGUGUGCGAGAAGCGUUUUACUCUAGCUGGUAAUUUGAAAAUCCACAUGCGUAUUCACACGAAAGAGAAACCGUAUGAAUGCGAUGUGUGCGAGAAGCGUUUUACUCUAGCUGGUAGUUUGAAAAGCCACAUGCGUAUUCACACGAACGAGAAACCGUACGAAUGCGAUGUGUGCGAGAAGAGGUAUCGUCACGCUAAUACUUUAAAGUACCACAUGCGCACUCAACAUUAG